UUGGAGGGGGCUCUCGCAACUCACAAGUCACAAGAGUAUAGCUCAUUAUCGUUUACUUGAGUGCACUAGCACACUAUAAACCCACAUCCUUGAUCCUUCCUUUCUUGUCGGCUUGUCGCUACAUCAUUCGGUUUCUGGUGUCACACUCUCACACUUCAAACACCCCCUUACCAAAUCCGCCAUAAUCGAAAGUGAGGCUCUGGUAGAAUGGAUUUAUCACCAAUCGAGGAUUCUCAGCCCACGCCCAAUUCAUCCGAUGUUGUAGUGCAUCACGAUCACGAUAACCUUGUUCCUCCCGUUUCAGAAUCUAAUGGAGGUGGUGAAUAUGAUCAGAAGCUCUCCGCAGAAGAGGUGAAGGGGGUGUUGGAAAUCAUAGCUUCAACUGGAAAGUUUUGGCAUGAUUGGGAUGAGCUGAAAAGCAUGCUGUUCUUUCAGUUGAAGCAGGUUCUUUCGGAAUAUCCAGAAGCACAAUCUCCUGAGGAUCAACAAAAUCGUUCUAUGUUGGAGGGUUAUGUGCAGUUGGUGAAAAGUUUGGAGGAAGCUCUAGUCAGCUUUAUAGAAGGGCCACCAUUCACAUUGCAAAGACUGUGCGAGAUUUUACUGAAUGCACGGACUAUCUACCCUAACCUGUCUAAACUUGUGCUUGCACUAGAAAAGAAUCUGCUGGUGACAAGUACUUUAACAAAAUCUACGGAUCCGUAUCCUCCAACUGUGAAACUAGCAGAUGCUUCAGAGCAGGUUGAGGAUGUCACUCCACUGCCUCAAUCAUCUUUGCCCCCACAUUCCAAUCUUGUGGAAAAUGGCGAGGAACCAAUGACCGGAGUAAAAGAUGAGGUAAUGACCGAAGUAGAAGCUGGAGCGGAUGAUGGUAUUACCAUUGACAUGGAUACCUUUGAAGAGAUCAUAAGCUCAUCAGAGACAAACCCUCAAUCCAACAAUUCGUAGUCUUUUAUGCGAGUAGGAGCAGCUGUUUUACCUGAGCAAGAGCUAAUAUCUUUUGUACCAUUGAUAGUGCUGCCAUUUGAACAAAUUGGUAGUUAUUUUAUGGAGCUUGAUUCAUUACAUAUCACGUUGUAACGCUACUACUUCAGGGUUUUUUGGAAAAUUCGGUGUUGAUUCAUGAUGUGGGAAUUUGGAUAUCAAGAUUCAAGAUUGUGUUCAUAGAUUUCAAUGCGUUAUUAUUUGUGAUUUUAUCUUCAAAUUAUAAUACAUUCCUAAUGGAAUUGUGAUAGUAAGUACUAAGUUGUAUUCUAA